CCAGGCGCCCAUAUCCUGGAGUCAGCCCUGUAGCCAGCUCACUUGGUGGGAGACACUCAAGAGAGCAAGAUGUUCUCAUGCUGCAUCCCCACAAAUCGAGGCUCCUGCUUCAAAAAUGGCGGGAGUGAGAGCCUUUUCCGUCGCUGCCGACAAAGGCUCAUCCCUCACCCCAGGCGCCUGUGGCCUUUUGGACACAGGCGCACCCAGGUGCCACAGGGCAGCCCACGGCAGACCCUCGCAAGCCAGGUCUCACUAGAUAGCAUACCGGAUCCGUAUCUGAAUACUGUCCUUGCCCAGCAGGCAAUUCUGAAGCACAUGGAGGCACAGGCACAUGCUCCUGAAGUACGAGAACUUGAAAUACAAGAACUUCCAGCACCAGCUGUUCAGCCAGAGCCAACUGUAUCAGAGGAGCCCCCUGCAGAGACAUCACAGGAGCUAGAGGCAGCUCCACAGCCCUCCUGCCCCUACAUUGGGGCAGCCAAGGACCAUCCCAGCGAGGAGCUGCCUGACGGCCUGCCACCUGCUGCCACCACUGGCCUCAGAGAGGGGGUAGCCAGCAUAGCCCCAGCCAGCAGCUCCAACACUGCCCCUAGUCCUGGGCACACUGGGAGCCAUGGAGGCAGAAACCAGGGUGUGCAGCCUGGGCUCCUCUCCCUCGCUGGAGAGAGGCUUCUCUCAUUCAUAAGAGCCACAGUCCUGCUGCUGCAGGAACGCUUCCUUCUGCUGGUGCUGGUGGUAUCUGCAUGGAUGAGGCGCCUGAGAUCAGGAAAAGAAGCCUUCAAGGAAGGGUUCCAGCAGCUCCUCCUGCUCCCAGAGGCGGCCUCUUCCUCCAGGCCUGAAGGUCUCUCCACAAGUGGGCAUCUGGGCUGUUUGCCCCUGAAAUCCCACCCAGGAUGGCCUCUUCUUAACAGAUGGGCAGGGGAUGAGGGGACCAAGGGGUGAGUCCAACAGGUACAGAAAACAAACCUUCCCAACUCUUGUGCCCUGGGCUCUCCAUGUUGCCACCUGCCCUGGCUGGGUUUUCUUCAUAGCUCUAGAAUUAGCAGUUUAUGAAAUAAACUUUUAAAUAAAGU